AUGAAUUCGUCUUCAGCAACCGCAUACCACAGCCUCUCACUCUCUGUUACUGGUAAAAAUAAAUUGAAUAAAAAUUGAAAAUCCUCACUUCUCUCAUCUCAUUCGCACGUGGUCUUUUUAUCACUCCAUACUAGAGCUCCACUUCUUAUGGACAUCUCUUUGUCUCCCUCUCUCGUUGUGUUCGUCUUGUUUUUCUCUCUCAGUCAUGGUUUUUGUCUUCACAUUUGUACAUGUUCCGCGGCUUUUACGGCCACCGUCCGCCGCUUCGUCUGGAUCGAUCCUCUUUCUGUUGUUCUCUUUUGGGCGGUGUAGAUUGAACUCGUCUGGGUUGUUGCUUUUAAACUACUUCAGAUUCCGCUUCUCAAUAUAGGUUGAUUAUUGGUGGAUGAUGGUACCAAUAUAUAAGAAUAUCUGAGUACCUUAAGAGAGAGUACAUUUUUCUCUUCCAAGAAAUUUCAUUGUCAAAAAUGACUCAUGAAGAAAAUGAACCACUUUCAAACUUGAAAACAGCUGACAAGGUGCACCACAUAGAAGUGGAGGACAAUUGCAAUAAUUCUAGUUCGAGCCAACCAAAAUUCGGAAGUAACAAUGGAGAUGAUUAUUUGCUGAAGAAAGGGGAAAGGAUACAAGACAAGGCUGACGAAGUCUCUCGAAACAAAACUGUUGAGGAGGACUUUGUCAAACCAAUUUUAUUUCCCGGUUCUUCUCGAAUUCAAGACGAGAGUGGCAAGCUGCCGGAUUGCACAGUGGGUCAAGUCCUCUCUUUUAUGAAGAAAAAGUCUCGGCCAACAGCCACAGUUGAAGCCGGCAGAAAAUUAGCUUUUUUGCCAUCAAAUGCUAAACCUCCGAAGAUUCCAAAAGUUAACAAAAUAGCUGCGGGUGGGGAGGCAAGGAACACUGAAGAUCAUAUUGCUGAAGGGAACAAAGAAAACAAAGAAAAAGAAAUAUACUGUUUCGAUGUUACAAGGGGCAUGAAAUGCAAAUUCAAGCCAAACCCAAAGAUGGGUCUCAAAUCUGAAGAAAUUCAGGCCGCUGCAUUCAUAUUUUCUGCAGAGCUGGAUCCAGGAGAAGAGCUUCUUAAGAUAGGAGACGUGACUGCAACUAGGAAGGAUUUUGAGUCACUCUGUCCAACACAACAAAUAAGUGAGAAGAUAUUGUACUUGACUGCCUUGAAAUGUGUCCAUAAUCAGACUUUAUUGACAUGGAAAAACGUCUGGCAGCUUCCUCCAACUUUUGCAGACACCAUAUUGGAUGGAAAUAAUUUGGAUGAGAUAUUAGUUCCCAUGGUCAAACAGUUCAUGCAGCCAACUAAGGAUCUUCAGUUUAUAUACAUCCCAAUGAGAGAAAAUGACCACCGGUACCUAAUGGUUAUCAGCAUACACGAUAGCAUAAUUUGGCAACUGGAUUCUUAUUUAGAAGAUGAUGAUAUUCAGCGUCGUAGAACCAAGAUGACAACAGUGGCUGCGACAGUAGAGCACAUUUUAAAAAGUGACAUCUACAACGAAUGUAAACUUGAGAUGAAAGAAACAUGUGGAGAUGGAGAAUUCAUGCUCCAAGAGGAAUCCCUAAUCGACAUUAAAGCCGUGAUUCUCCAUCAUGGGUUCUUCAAUGGAUGAAUUUGGAACAUGCAUUUGAUGCCCAAUGCUCUGAAGUUCAUGUGUUAGAUGAAAAUGGCACACGGAUGUACACUGCAAUGCAAUUAUUUCAUGGGCGAUUCAAUGAACUCAAGGCUGAAAUAGCUCCACUUGUUCAAGAGUUUUGGAACAUGCAUGCAGAGGACGAUGAUUAUUGAAAUGCCGUGUGCAUCACAAUUAUGUCUUUGCUUUGUUAACUACAUGGAAUGACACUUAUAAUUUCUUUCUUGUUUUUGUUUUUUGGAGCUGUGUUGUCAAUUAGGAUUGUGAAUUCAUGACACUAAUGCUUUAAAUAGUUUAUUCGGUAGUGUAUUGUUUAUGGCUAUGUUCCAUAACAAAUUUCAACAUCUUUAUAUU